AUGGCGAGCAUCUCCAGCACAAUGUUCAGCGCCGCCGUCCUCCCCCACAAGCCCUCGGCGGCGGUGGCACCCGCCACGAGCCUCUGGUCGCUCCCCAACGCCAAGCAGGCGGCGCUGUUUGGCCCCAGAUCCGCGCCGUCCCGGCUCACCUGUAUGGCGACUUACAAAGUCAAGCUGUUGACGCCGGCAGGAGAGGUGAGCUUCAAGUGCCCCGACGACCAGUACAUCCUGGAUAUGGCAGAGGAAGAGGGCCACGAUCUGCCGUACUCGUGCCGCGCCGGAUCGUGCUCCUCCUGCGCCGGCAAGGUGGUCAGCGGCACCGUUGACCAGUCGGACGGCAGCUACCUAGACGACGACCAGAUGGAAGCGGGGUGGGUGCUCACGUGCGUGGCCUACCCGACGUCGGACGUCACCAUCGAGACGCACAAGGAGGAGGCGCUCAUGGAAUAA